UGUAUCAUUUCACUGUAAGAAUCAGAGUGUAACAGCAGAGGCAGGAUCAGGAUCCAGGAUAGUUUUGCAGUUUUAUUGUGUAUUGAUUGACAGUUUAUGGGAAAUUCCCGGGUCCAGCUGGGAAGCAGAGUGCAGCUGGGAUUGUUCACUGCAGGAACUGCCUAUCCCAUGGCUGACAGCGCACUGAUUGAGGAGAGCCGACCCUAUGGCUAUAAGGAGGGUCUGGAGUGGGGCUAUGAAGAAGGAGUGGAAUGGGGACUGUUGUUUCCUGAAGCAAAUGGAGAGUAUCAGUCCCCGAUAAACCUGAACUCCAGAGAGGCAAAGUAUGAUCCUUCACUAUUGGAAACACGUUUAUCACCAAAUUAUGUUGUCUGUCGAGAUUCUGAAGUAAUUAAUGAUGGUCACACUAUUCAGAUACUGCUGAAGUCUAAAUCAGUUUUAACUGGUGGCCCACUGCUUGGAAGUCAUGAAUAUGAAUUACACGAGGUUCGAUUUCACUGGGGCAAGGAGAACCAGCGUGGUUCUGAACACACGGUUAAUUUUAAAGCAUUUCCAAUGGAGCUCCAUCUUAUCCAUUGGAACUCUACUUUGUUCAAAAAUGUUGAUGAAGCUCUGGGAAAGAAAAAUGGGAUAGCGAUCAUUGCUUUGUUUGUCCAGAUAGGAAAGGAACACCUAGGUCUAAAAGCUGUCACUGAAAUCCUUCAGGAAAUCCAGUACAAGGGAAAAUUGAAGACCAUACCGUGUUUUAAUCCCAAUACCUUACUUCCUGAUCCACUCCUUCGAGAUUACUGGGUAUAUGAAGGCUCUCUGACCAUCCCACCGUGUUGUGAGAAUGUGACCUGGAUCUUAUUCCGAUACCCUCUCACAAUCUCUCAGUUACAGAUAGAAGAGUUCCGAAGAGUACGAUCUCACGUUAAAGGAGCCGAGCUACCUGAAGGAUGUGAUGGGAUUUUAGGAGACAAUUUUAGACCAACUCAGCCUCUCAGUGAUCGAAUUGUCAGAGCUGCAUUCCAAUAGGAAAUGCUGAUGCUAAACAGAAUCAUUUCCAGGGUGAAGACAAUGCACCCACAGUAUCCCACUGUAUGAGAAAUGGAUCUUUGUGAGGCUGCUGCUCCUUCAAAGUACAAAGCAUGUUUUGUGUUGCCUUCUAUAAUUAAUGCAGUCGUGAACAGCAGCUGUAGCAGUUGGCUUGUUCUCAUAGUCCUGCGGAAUAUUCCAGAAAAGAAAAGCUGAUGUGCAAGAACAAGAGUUCGUUUUACGUGCCCUGAUGCUUCACAUAAUUGUUUCUGUAGACUGUUUAUGCAUUUGCAUUUUGUAAAUGGAUAUUUAUUAAGUAUUUUAUUGAUGUAGAAAUUCUUUCAUACACUUAACAACUCAACAGUGAAACAUAUUUCUGAAGUUUUGAGUUUGAAGCUCUUUGCUGCUUAAAAUAGUUCAAUUUUGCAAACUGUGGCUUAUAAACAUUAAAAGGAAACUUUCUCUUCAGUGAAUGAGUGUAGAUUAUCUGCAUUAAUGAACAAUACUGCAGGGAGUGCCUGCACUUACAAAGAAUUCAGUCGCAACUCAGUUUAUCCUUUAUCAAAGAAAUUAUUUAAUUUGGCUAUUCCUGAUCAUGUUAAAUUAUGAACUUUUUUUAAAAAGCUUCAAUAAUUUGUGACUUUAAAUUGAAUAUCCAUGUAGAAGGAAGGUAUAAGAUAAUCAGAGGGAUAGAUAGGGUGGACAGUGAGAGCCUUUUUCCUCGGAUGGUGAAGGCUAACAUGAGGGGUGAUGAUUUAGGACAGAUGUCAGGGGUUGUUUCUUUACUCAGAGCAGUAAGGACAUGGAACGGCCUGCCUGCAACUGUAGGAGACUCGCCAACGUUAAGGGCAUUUAAAUGGACGUUGGAUUUACAUAUGGAUAAUAAUGGAACGUUGUAGGUUAAAUGGGUGUCAGAUUAGCUUCACAGGUCGGCGCAACAUCGAGGGCCAAAGGGCCUGUACUGCGCUGUAACAUUCUAUAUUCUAAAUAAACUGCAUUUACUUUUUACUUAAGGAAGGUUUGCAGCAAUUAGUAAAAUUAGUGCAAUGUAGAUUUUGCUGCAGUUAUGGGAAACUGAAACCUGUCUCAA